UUCCCUGCCUCACAAUCUCUUGCGUUCAGUGCCUUAGAACACAAUCCAUGUAACCACCACUAGCUCUCACACACUGCACAAAUCAACAACCAGAAAGUAAAACUUUUGCAGCAACCAUGGUUGCAAUGGCAGCAGCAACAGCAUCAUCCCAGUUGAUUUUCUCGAAACCAUGUUCUCCCUCACGUCUCUGCCCCUUCCAACUAUGUGUCUUUGACACCAAAUCGGUGAUAACAAGUUCAAGUGGCAGGAGAAAGCAUGUGAGUGGGUCUGGAGUUAGGUGCAUGGCUGUGGGGGAAGCAACCACAGAGACAAAGAAAAGAAGUGGGUAUGAGCUUCAAACACUAACUAACUGGUUGCUGAAGCAAGAACAAGUUGGGGUGAUUGAUGCAGAGCUCACUAUUGUGCUGUCUAGCAUUUCCAUGGCUUGCAAACAGAUUGCUUCUUUGGUGCAAAGAGCUAACAUUUCGAACCUCACUGGUGUUCAAGGAGCUGUCAAUGUUCAAGGGGAAGACCAGAAAAAGCUUGACGUUGUUUCAAAUGAGGUUUUCUCUAACUGCUUGAGGUCAAGUGGGAGGACAGGGAUAAUAGCAUCAGAGGAGGAAGAUGUGCCGGUGGCAGUAGAAGAGAGUUAUUCUGGCAACUACAUUGUAGUGUUUGACCCACUUGAUGGGUCAUCCAAUAUUGAUGCUGCAGUGUCAACUGGGUCCAUUUUUGGGAUUUACAGCCCCAAUGAUGAGUGUCUUGCUGACAUCGGUGAUGACCCCACACUUGACACAACAGAACAAAGGUGUGUUGUGAACGUGUGCCAACCCGGAAGCAACCUUCUUGCAGCUGGUUACUGCAUGUACUCCAGCUCAGUAAUCUUUGUUCUCACACUUGGAAAAGGAGUGUUCGUAUUUACAUUGGAUCCAAUGUAUGGCGAAUUCGUUUUGACUCAGGAAAACCUCCAGAUACCUAAAGCAGGCAAAAUUUAUGCUUUCAAUGAAGGGAAUUAUCAGUUGUGGGAUGACAAGCUAAAGAAAUAUAUUGAUGAUCUCAAGGACCCAGGUCCUAGUAACAAGCCUUAUUCUGCAAGGUACAUUGGUAGCUUAGUAGGAGACUUCCACAGGACUUUGCUAUAUGGUGGCAUUUAUGGGUACCCUAGGGACAAGAAAAGCAAGAAUGGGAAACUCAGGCUCUUAUAUGAAUGUGCUCCUAUGAGUUUCAUUGUAGAACAGGCUGGUGGAAAAGGUUCAGAUGGCCAUCAGAGAAUACUCGACAUUCAACCAGUGGAGAUUCAUCAGCGCGUGCCACUGUACAUUGGGAGUGUAGAAGAGGUAGAGAAGGUGGAAAAGUACUUGGCUUAAAUGAUAUUUUAAUGAAAACAAGGUUGACUUGUGUAUGAAGAUUAUGCCCAAUCAAAACUUCUAAAGCAAUACAAUCAUGUGGUUUUAAGGAAGCAUUCUUUUUAUUUUCCCCCUUUGUCUUUCUUUGGUGAAAAGUAAAAUGUCAAGUAAAUGAUUUUGAAAAAGAAUUUUGUAUAAUUUUGGACAUGUUUUAUAUUGGAUAUAAUUGUCCAUUCUGAUCA